AUGUCCGUCCAAUCCGCCGAGUUCGCCGUUGCCUCCCUCAUCCCCAAGCCCGUCGCUUCUGGGAGCGGCGUCACCUGCUCCAUCCUCCUCGCCGAACAUAAUAUUUUUCUGUCGGGUUUUGACCGCAAUGGCAACGGUCAUCGCGUAGGUCAGAGUGGCACCGCAUUGCUGCGAGGUAAACUUCAGCUACAUGUCAGCAAGAAUGUCAAGAUCAAGGCGGUGCAGCUUAAGUUGUUGGGUCGCGCCCGCACGGAGUGGCCAGAGGGAAUUAAACUGGGUUAUUACGAAGAGGAGAGCCUGCAAACACAGGUAGUGACCUUUUUCAAUGCCAUGAACAAUGGGUGGAAGUACGAUUAUGGGAACCAGUGCACAUACCGAUUGAAGAACACAUGGCCCAGCAACACCAAUCUUGCUACUCAACCGAACCAGCCGAAAUCAUUACCGUCGCAUUGUCACGGCAACAUGAGUGUCAAAGGAAUGAGGCGAUUGCCCUUGCAAAGUAUUCAAUCGCGAAGCGUCAACAAGGAGAGCCCGAUUGCGACAUCGAAAGUGAAAGGCAGGGUUUUCUAUCCCGGCACAUACGACUACUCCUUCGAGCUUCCGAUCGACCACCACCAACUCGAGACCACGAAGGUACAAUAUGGCUCUGUGAAAUGGGAGCUGCAUGCGAUUGUCGAUCGCGUUGGUGUAUUCAACCCUAACCUACACGGCAUGCAGGAGGUUUCGAUAGUGCGAGUUCCCGACCCACUGUCUCUGGAGAUGACGGAGUGCAUCUCAAUUAGCCGACAAUACCAGGAUCAGCUGCAUUACGACAUCAUCAUGUCCGGGAAGAGCUUCCCCAUCGGCAGCAAGAUCCCCAUCGCCUUCAAGUUGACGCCUCUGGCCAAGGUCCAAGUGCACGAGCUCAAGGUGUUUAUGAUCGAGUCGAUCGAAUACUGGACGAAUGACAGGCGCUGUACCAGGAAAACCUCUGGUCGCAAGAUUCUGCUCCUCAACAAGACGGCCGGAAAAACAUUGGACCCGUCAUGGGCGUCUUCAAACCUUAGGAUUGUCCGAGGUGGUGAACUCUCCCCCGAGAAGCGACGCGAGGCUCGCGAAACGGCCGCCAGACAACGAACUGCAGAGGUGUCUGGACGACACACCGCGGCUCAGCUUUUACCGGAGCCGAGCGAUAACUUCUUGUGCGACUUAGACUUAGGAUUGGAGAGUUUUUGGUGCCCCAUGGAGAUUGAAGUCGAUUUGCAGAUCCCAACUUGUAACAUGAUGGCUAAGAAGAAGGACUUGAGGUUGCAUCCCGAGUGUAUCUGGAAGAAUGUCAAUGUCCACCACUGGGUUGAGGUCAUGAUGCGAAUCAGCCGUCUUGAUCCCGAUGAUCCAAUUGGAACAAAGGGCCGGAAUUUCGAGAUCGCCACCAACUUGCCGCUUACUCUACUCAACUGUCGAGCCACCUCGGCCAACAUCAACCUUCCCGCCUACUCCGACGAGAUGUGCCAGUCCACUACCUACCAGUCGACCUGUGGAUGCCCCGACGCCUUGACCAUCCGAACCGAAACCUCGCCCCGCUCCUUCCUUGGAACAAUGGUUAGUGUUAGCCUAACUAGCGGGAACCUCUUCUCCCCGUGGCCGGCUGCACACCUUGCCCAUGGCCAACAAGGCCCACGACCCUCCGCUGAGACAGCAGGCGUCCACGGCCCGAGUCGAACUCCCCACCUAUUGCGAGUACCCAUCUUCAACCCUCCUGCCUUCGACAACAAUAUCGCACCACCACCCGCCCCCGAACUCGUCGACGAAACUCCCGAAACAGGCGUCAGGACACCCCCACCGCACUACGACGACGUCGUCGGCGCCCCUAGCGUCGACGGCCUUGCAGGUUACUUUUCCCGCCUAGCAGAUUAUGGCUUCGACGGCUCAGACGAAGACUGA